AUGGAUCCUGUAGAACUUUCAAAGGCAAUUUUUCGGUUCGAAGAAAAUAUAUUAAAAGAAAGACAGAAUAUUGAUAACAUCGUUGAAACCUCUCAAAAUCACCCAACAAAAAAACGAAGACAAGAUGAUACUAUUGAAACAAGAAAAAUCGCUACAAAAGAAGUAUGUGAUAUUUUUAUUGUCAACGUUAAAGAACGUUUUGAUUAUAAAAAUCACUUAAAUGCUUCGCACCUAUUUUUUUCCACCAAAUUUCCUAUGUACGAAAAUAACUUCCCAAAUGACCAUUUUAGUAAAACAUUAAAACGUAUUAAAACAUUUUUGAGAAAUUCAAUGACGGAAGAUUGA